CCAGGACCCCUGCUACGAGAGCCCCUCAGGCCCUCUGCCUUAAUGGGGCGGGCUCACACACAGCCUCCCUGGCCCCGUGCCCUGCCCAGACCUGUUCUAGAUUCCACACCACCCUUCCCCAGGGCUCCUCCACCUCCCACCCACCAGCCCGGGCAGGGCCUCCUGAGAUUCAGCCUGGAAGACCGGCAGGCAGGAGGGCAGGCACCGUGGGACCAUGGAACCCGAAGCAGGGCCUGUACUCUACCAGAAGCUGCGGGUCUGGGAGCCGAGCUUGGAGUCUGAGGAGGAAGAGGAGGAGAUUUCGGAGCAGCUCAUUCCAGAUGCUUCCGGGCCCCACGACUCCUCUGGGAACAAGGCUGGCCGUCUGCCCGGGGCCUGGGCCCAACUGGUGGCCACCCUGCUCUUGCUGACCGUCGGCUUCUCCCUGGCCGUGAGGCAACUCUGCAGCAGUGGUGCCUCUCCAGGAGCCUUGGGCACUGGGGCCCCUCCAGCCAGCGGGCACUCCCACAGGCCUGGCGUGUACCACCAUGGCGCCAUCAUCAGCCCAGCAGCUGAGUGCUCCCGCCUGGGUCGAGAGCUGUUUGUUGCUGGGGGCAACAUCGUGGAUGCUGGAGUUGGAGCAGCCUUGUGUCUGGCAGUGGUCCAUCCUCACACCACAGGGCUAGGUGCCACGUACUGGGGCCUCUUCCACAAUAGCUCCUCGGGCAACUCCACUGCCCUGACUUCAGGCCCAGCCCGGACCCUGGCCCCCGGCCUGGGGCUGCCCUCGGCUCUGCCUGCCCUGCACAUGCUGCACACUCACUUCGGCCGCCUGCCCUGGCCACACCUGCUGGUGGGCCCCAUCUCACUGGCUCAAAAGGGCUUUCUGGUGGACACAUCCCUGGCCAGCGCCCUGGCAGCCCAGGACACCAAGGGCCUCUGUCCACUACUUUGCCAUGCUAACGGGACACCCCUGGGCCCCGGGACCCGAGUCACCAACACCAAGCUGGCGGCUGUGCUCCACAAGGCCUCGCUGGCCCCCACCCCAGACCUCUCCGGGGAUGCCCUGCUGAGUCUGCUGGCCGAAGACCUGGGGUUGGAGGGCCCCUCAGUCGGGCCCAGGCCCACCUUGGAGCCAGCCCUGCAGCUACCUGUGCCCCAGGGCAUCCUGUUCACCACCCCCAGCCCCUCAGCUGGCCCAGAACUACUGGAGCUGCUGGAAGCAUCUCUACAGUCCCUAGGGCCCAGCCCCGCGCCCUGCCCAGCACUCCCGCAAGCUGCUGUGGCCCCCGGGAGCAGUGUCCUGGCCACCGUGGACAGCGGCGGCUCUGUCCUCCUCCUCACCUCCUCGCUCAACAGCUCCUUUGGCUCUGGACACCUGUCCCCAAGCACCGGGGUUCUACUCAGCAACCUGGUGGCUGAGUCUGCAGCUGGCGCCUGGGCCUGUCCCCUCAUCUUUCGUCGCAUCUCAGAUGACACAGAGGUCGAUGUGUUGGGGCUGGUGGCUUCAGGGACCCCUGCAGCUGCCAGAGUCAUGACUCACGCUCUGCUCAGCCACCUGGCCAGGCCCCAAACCCCAGACCUGCAAGGACCAACAGAGAGCCCCAGAGCUUGUGGCCAGGGGACCCUGCUCCGGGUGGCAGCCCACUCAGAGCACGCCCAUGUCUCCAGUGCCCCCAGUGGCUGCUGCCCCUUCCAGGGGUUUUAAGGUGGGGCAGUGUCUGGCAAGGGUGGACAGGAGUCGGGGGUCUCAAACCUGGAGGCAGGGGCAGAGAGCCCAGCAGCAAUGGCGUGCAUAAAGAGUGUGUGUCCAUUAUGUGCUCACCGCUGGCUCAGGCCCUCACCUCCGGCCUGAUCUGUUGUCUGGACUUGCGUUCCAGCUCUUUCUUUAGCUAAAGAACCUGAGAAUAAUGAGGAAAGAACACCAGGAACCUGGGGACAGCCUUGAGUUCAGAUCCAGCUCUGGGAAGGACAGGUGGAAGAAAGCCAUACCCCUGCCAAGGCUCUGGGCCCCUGGGC